AUGACUAAGCACCCACCAAACCGAAGAGGGAUCACUUUUGAAGUUGGAGCACAACUGGAAGCACGUGACAGACUGAAGAAAUGGUAUGCUGCCCAUAUUGAAGAAAUAGACUAUGAAGAAGGUAAAGUGCUGAUCCACUUUAAACGAUGGAAUCACAGAUACGAUGAAUGGUUUUGCUGGGACAGCCCAUACCUCCGUCCCUUAGAGAAAAUACAGCUAAGAAGGGAAGGCCUAGUAGAAGAGGAUCCCCCUGUGGUGUUUCGUGUGAAUGAACAGGUCUUGGCCUGUUGGUCUGACUGUCGAUUUUACCCAGCAAAAAUAACAUCUGUAAACAAGGAUGGCACUUACACUGUUAAAUUUUUUGAUGGUGUUGUUCAAACAGUCAAAAAUAUCCACGUAAAGGCCUUUUCCAAAGAUCAGGCUAAUGUGUCUCGUUCAAAGCCAAAGGAGAAAACGGUAGAAAGCACUUCACCUUCUGAUAAGCACAGUGGAAAAUUUAGAGAACAGAAAAAAUCUUCAGAAAAUGCUACUGUAGAGAAAGAGAAACCUCACAGUACAGAUAAGAAGCCAUCCCAGGCAGAUAAAGACAAAAAGCCAAUUGCCUCUGAAAAAAACAAGCUCCCUGAGAAAAACUUUGUGAAAAAUGAGAAGGAGGACAAAGAAAACAUAUCGGAGAAUGAGAGAGAAUCCUCCGCAGAAUCCCGUGCAGAGGAAAAGGGCGGACAGAAUGACAACCUUAAAGCAUCGCAUGAAAAUGGAGAGCGGAGGAGGAAACGGGAACGUUCAUCUUCUCUGCCAUCAUCUGAUUCUUCUUCACAGACCCUUCAACCAGUAACAUUGGAACUGAGAAGGAGAAAAAUCUCUAUUGGCUCUGAAAUUCGCCCUAAGCGCCCACGCCUGGAGAAAAAAAAAAAUGUUACUGUAGAUGCACCUUCUUCAAAAAAGGAAAAUGGGUCUGACAAGGAUACACCGCCUCCUGAAGAGGAUGCGGAGGAGGAGGAAAAGGAUAGCAAGCCCUCUCCAAGUGAGAAUCCAGAGGACCAUUGUUCUGUGGAGGUUGCCACGUCUGUUGUCGAGACAGAAUCGUCACAGGAGGAUGCUUCACCAGAGGAACAAGAAGUGAAGACAGAGGAGUAUGCACCAGCCGAGCCUGAAACUCCUGAAGUGAAGGAGCUACCAUCAGUAGAAGAUUCCAUUGAGCCUAUUGAAACCAAUGUUGUGAAUGGUGUUUUUUAGAGGUCAGACCUGAGGAUGAAGAGAAAGACCUUCCUGUACAGAAUGAUGCUGAAGAGGUCCCUGCUGUCACCACAGUAUCAGCUCCUAUGAAGCGGAAUCCACGGCCUGACAGUUCUGCUAAAUACAGUAGAGAACCUUUAACAAAUACUUUGAAGAAACUUGAUGAUCCAGCUACCAAAUCUGUGACCUUGGAACUGGAACCCAACAAGUUUAAAUGCAAGAUUUUGGAUUGCUCCAAAUCUUUUCGCAAAGCCAAACUGCUGCAUUACCAUAUGAAGUAUUUCCAUGGCGUUGACAAGUCAGAGCAGGAGAGUCCUGCCACAAGGCAUAUGCAGACAAGAGGCUCUUUAGCUCACGAAAAGGCCAUUCAGCAAAGCUCAAAGAGAAGACGCACCACAUCCGGUUCUCUGCAUACUCAACUUCAAAUUUCCCUGAGAAGCUCACCCCAUGACGCCAAGGAUAGAUUGUGUGAGAAAAGAGGCGUCAUUCAAGCCCAGCCACAAACAGUUCAAAUUCCCAUCGACCAUCCCUUAAAGACAAAAGCAAGGAAAAUGUAAUCCAGAAGUUACAUCGCAAGCCAGACAAGCUGUCUGAAAGUGUCAAAGAAAAAAAGUAAGGGAGAAGUUCAAAGAUUUCUUGAGUCAGAAGUCCAAGAAAAAGAAGAAGAAGAAAAAGAAAGUGAAGUCAGAGUUGUCUGGAAGCGAAGAGAACUUAGAUGAUUCUAAGGAGCUCUCGCCAAAAAAAAUACAACCCUCGAGGCUCAACAGUGAUUGCAAGGUCCCGUGUUCUGGCAAAAGCAACGAUCAAGGGCGCCGACGAGAUACAAGACUAA